CGGUGUUGCUUCGUUUCUCACACGUUCGGGAUACACGUGAAUAAUAUCAGCUACAGCUUUAACGUCUUUGAGCUCCAAAAUUUCCAUUAUAAUUAGAUUCAACUGUUCCAUCCCGGACAAGCGAGUGUCGCCAGUGUUGUGUAUACGAGAUUAAAUUAAUCGUCUCGUCGUUGAAAACAUAAGCCAUCCAGAUUGACAGCUCGCGAGGCUUUUCUUCGACGAGACGAAAUUUGACUUUUUUCAAUUUCUUGUGAUUUCUGUGAUCUACCGAGUUUAACAAAGCAUAAAAUUGCUUGAAGGACAGUUAAUUUCGAAAUGCAGGCGGCGGAACUCAAGAAAUUUCUCUACAAGCUACUGAACGGCGUCGAAGGCCUUCAUAGCAUUUUGAUCACCGAUCGCGACGGCGUACCCGUUGUUUCUGUUUCCAAUGACAAAGUUCCCGAAUUGGCAACCAGAGCCAGCUUUUUAUCGACCUUUGCAAUGGCCACAGAUCAAGGCAGCAAGCUGGGACUUGGCAAAAAUAAGACCAUUAUUUGCAUGUAUAGCAGUUAUCAGGUGGUACAGAUGAAUAAAUUGCCUUUGGUAGUGAGUUUUAUUGGCUCUCACUCCUGCAACACCGGCCACAUUUUGUCAUUGGAGAGCAAAAUUGAUCCCAUAUUGAACGACCUGAGAAACGCUGUUGGAGAGGCCUGAUGGUUACCUGUGGUUCACUAUGGGUGAUAAAAGAUGAAAAUGAAGAUACAUAACUGUACGAGGAAAAAGUGAGAACGGAAAGAACAUUUUCGAAUGGCUUGAGAAUGUAAAUGUUUCGUCGUACCCUGGGGAGAUACAACCGCACGGGACGAUCUUUUUGUACUAUAUUAAUGCUCGAUGGUGCAGGUCACGACUGAAGGCAUCGAAUGCGAACUGAUAUAUCAAAUUAUUAACAUAGUAUGUAUAUAUGAACAUUUAUUAUAUAUACAAAUAUUAUCUACAUUUUACAGAAAAAAAGCAUCAAUGUAAGAAAAGAUUUUCCAUAAUUAACGUAUAAGAUAAAUAUUAAAACGUC